UGUUUGUGGUUUCCGUACUACGGACAUGGUGGAAAUGCCAACCGCUUUUACACACGAACCGCCUGCCAGGACCUCUGCGUUUUCGAUAAGUCUGAUUUGUGCGAGUCAGUAGAAUGCAAUUACCGACAUUCCCGCUGUGUCCUCAUGGGAGAUGACAGCUGCAGAACUUACAUGAAGAACCACGGCAAGGAUGUCGACAGUUUCUGCCCGCCCAAUCAGCCCGUCUGUCAAACCGCUCGUCGUUCUAUCUUCCCGCCAAGGGUCGAAAGACGUAUCCUGCCCCCAGAGUGUACCGAACCUCUAGAUCACGGAAACUGCGAUCAGAAACCACAACUUUCGAGAUAUUACUACAGUGAGGAGAGCAAUUCUUGCCUAUUUUUCCUCUUCCGCGGUUGUGGUGGAAACAACAAUCGCUACAUCAGCAAAUCGCAGUGCAUGAACCACUGCGCGAUUUGA